CACAAAGGCUAUCUUAUCUAUGAUACCACCCCUCCAUAAUCCUCCCCUCUCCCCACCUGUGUCUGUAAUCUACAACACCCCCCCUCCACCUGUCUGAACACCCCCUCCUCCGCCCAACCUCCCUUCGGUAGGGUACGCUUUCACCCAGACAAUGUCGGCUCCUCUCGCCUCCGCUAAGCUGCUGCAUAAGCAGCUAAAGGAGAUGCAAACGGACAAGGACCUAGCAAGCAUCAGUGCAGGUCUUGUGAAUGAUAACAUUUAUGAGUGGGAGGUUAUUUUGAUGAUCUCCGACGACUGCAAAUUUUACGGAGGUGGUUUUUUUCGUGCCCGCCUCGUGUUCCCGCAUACCUAUCCGCAUGAUCCGCCAACCAUGACAUUUGAAACGCCCAUUUGGCAUCCGAACAUCUACCCAAAUGGUAGUGUUUGCAUUUCGAUUCUCCAUCCUCCCGGGGAAGACCAGUACGGUUAUGAGUCUGCUAGUGAGCGUUGGCUACCCGUUCGUACCCCAGAAUCGAUCCUUAUAUCGGUGAUCUCUAUGCUGAGCUCUCCCAACGACGAGAGCCCGGCCAAUUUGGAGGCCGCAAAACAAUGGCGAGAGAAUCCUGCGGAAUUCCAAAAGAGGGCGAGGAAAUGCGUCCGAGAUAGCCUCGAGGGUUAAUUCUAGACUCCCAGCAAAAAUUUAAUAGAAUUGAACAGAAAAAUGGGAAAAAAACCAUUGAUGUUGCAUACCUCGAA